AGCGUGGCGCCGGCAGCUCUCCCAUCCUGGGAGUAGAGCCCGCGCAUCUCUGAGGCCAUCCGCUGCGGUGCAACUUCCCCAGUGGCGAGGCAACUUUGGGCUAACCUGAAGGCUCUUUCCAGGUAGAGCGCCUGACCCUUUCCCGGGACCCACGCUCAAGCGCAUCUUCGGAGGCUCAAAGGAGGUCUGCAUCUUGCAGAGACUCAAAGGAGAUCCGACAAACCGGGAUUUCCGCGGUGGUGGCUGAGCAGCCCAGUGGCUGGGCUUGCGUCCUGAGACCCAGGGCGGAAGGAGGCAGAUCAGUGCCCGGGUGCUCCCGAAGAUACCUGGACGGCGCAUUGGGCCCCGCCCCACGAGCCACGCUUUAAAGAGCAGCAAGGCCGGGCGCUCCCUCGCGGUCGCUGUCACGGUCAUGGAGGGCACGCCCGCAUCCAACUGGAGCGUCGAGUUGGACCUCGGGAGUGGAGUGCCGCCGGGGGUGGAGGGGAACCUCACAGCCGGGCCACCGCAGCGCAACGAGGCCCUGGCACGCGUGGAAGUGGCGGUGCUGUGCCUCAUUCUGUUCCUGGCGCUGAGCGGCAACGCGUGCGUGCUGCUGGCGCUGCGCACCACACGCCACAAGCACUCGCGCCUCUUCUUUUUCAUGAAGCACCUGAGCAUCGCCGACUUGGUGGUGGCUGUGUUCCAGGUGCUCCCGCAGCUGCUGUGGGACAUCACUUUCCGCUUCUACGGGCCCGACCUGCUCUGUCGUCUGGUCAAGUACUUGCAGGUGGUGGGCAUGUUCGCUUCCACCUACCUGCUGCUGCUUAUGUCGCUGGACCGCUGCCUGGCCAUCUGCCAGCCGCUGCGCUCUCUGCGACGCCGAACCGACCGCCUGGCGGUGCUAGCGACAUGGCUGGGCUGCCUGGUGGCCAGCGUGCCGCAGGUGCACAUUUUCUCCCUGCGCGAAGUGGCGGACGGUGUUUUUGACUGCUGGGCUGUCUUCAUCCAGCCUUGGGGACCCAAGGCCUACGUCACGUGGAUCACGCUUGCCGUCUACAUUGUGCCCGUCAUAGUGUUGGCUGCCUGCUAUGGCCUCAUUAGCUUCAAGAUCUGGCAGAACCUGCGACUCAAGACGGCAGCGGCGGCGGCCGAGGGGACUGAAGGAUCUGCAGCCGGUGGAGCUGGGCGCGCGGCGCUGGCUCGGGUCAGUAGCGUCAAGCUCAUCUCCAAGGCCAAGAUCCGCACAGUGAAGAUGACCUUCAUCAUUGUACUGGCCUUCAUCGUGUGCUGGACGCCUUUCUUCUUCGUGCAGAUGUGGAGCGUCUGGGAUGUCAAUGCACCCAAGGAAGCUUCUGCCUUCAUCAUUGCCAUGCUCUUGGCCAGCCUCAACAGCUGCUGCAACCCCUGGAUCUACAUGCUGUUCACGGGCCACCUCUUUCACGAACUUGUGCAGCGCUUUCUCUGCUGCUCUGCCCUCUACCUGAAGGGCACCAGGCCCGGAGAGACGAGUGUCAGCAAGAAAAGCAACUCGUCCACCUUUGUCCUGAGUCGCCGCAGCUCCAGCCAGAGGAGCUGCUCUCAGCCAUCUUCAGCGUGAGCCACCUGCCUGGCCCACCGCGCCUGCGGCGGGGGGUUAUGCGGACUCCAGUCUGCCCCCUGGUGACCGUGCGUGGAUUUGUAUAAGGUGCCUAUUGGUGUGUAUCCCUCUACUCCUUGGGGUGGCUAGAGAGUGGGGGCAUAUUCUGACUUGGGGUGGGGAAAUGUCUCUAUGGGAGAUGUCAGUCACUCAACCAUCAGAGGGUCUUCUGGGUUCCCACAUGUGCUUCUACUACCCCAACCAGAGUGCUCUCGGGUGGUGGGUGGGCUCUCCUGAACCUGGCUUUCAUUCCAUUAUCUUUCUUACUUGUUUAUCUUGGGAUUUUUUUUUUUGUUUUGUUUUUGUUUUUGUUUUUCGAGAUAGGGUUUCUCUGUGGCUUUGGAGCCUGUCCUGG